AUGGAAGAGGAUUCUAAAAAACACGUGCGACAUUGUGUCAAAUGUCAAGAGCACGCAGACUUACACCAUGCUCCUCCUGAGGAAUUAUCUUCAAUGUUAUCCCCAUGGCCAUUCUACCAAUGGGGCAUGGACAUUCUGGGGCCAUUCCCAAUCACCGCCGGAGGAGUUAAAUGGUUGUUAGUAGCAAUUGAUUACUUUUCCAAAUGGAUCGAGGCAGAAGCGUUAGCCACAAUAUCAGCCAACAAGGUUCGCCGAUUCUUCUACAGACAAAUCAUAAGUCGGUUCGGCAUUCCACAUACCAUUAUAACUGAUAAUGGCACACAGUUUAUGGACAGAAAAUUCAAUCAGAUUCUUCAAGAUCCGCAUGUCAAACACCGAUAUACGUCAGUUGAACAUCCACAAACAAACGGAUUGGCAAAAGCUGCAAAUCGAGUCCUCAAACACGGAUUGGAAAGAAGACUAGAAGCAGCUAAAGGAGAAUGGCCUGAACAGUUAGACUUUGUGCUAUGGGGUUACAGAACAACCAAACACUCAACCACAGGUGAAACCCCAUUUCGCAUGGUCUACGGUAGUGAAGCCAUGAUCCCAGUUGAAAUUGGAGAACCAUCAUGGAGAAAGAUGUACACAAAUGUAGACAGCAACUCGCAGGCAUUGCUUCAUAACUUAGACGCGAUAGAGGAAAUGCGUGAGAUCGCGCACGUCAAAGAAGUAGCACUCAAACAGAGGAUUGCAGCGCACUAUAACUUAAAGGUUGUCGGACGAGGCUUCAACAUGGGCGACUUAGUCCUACGCAGAGCUGACAUCAGAUAUAAGAACGCACGAUAA